CUGUUUUGUUCUCGUCGUUUCGACUUAAGGAUUGUAUAUACAAAUGCAUUUAAGGAAAGAGCUGAACGCUGUUUAUCUGAGAACAACCCUGAGAACUAUUAUUAAAUCCUUUCUUGCCAUGCCACGGGUCCCUCUUUAAGUUGUAUGGCCGUCUAAUAGCACUAUGGAGGGGGCACAUUUCGAAAGAUUUGGAAGCGGUGAAAGCAACACUUCAGGCUCUGAAACCUUGUCUGAAGGAGAGCUCAGACACAGCGACACGGAAUCCGAACACCAACAGUGUGGAGAAUUCAGCAAGCGUUCUUUAGACUGCGUGAUACUAAAGCAAAAAGGAAAGGAAAGUUGUGAGGGUAAAUCGAAGGACACUCGCGAAAAUGGGAAGUUGGAGACUGAAGAUCACGAAGAACAUGAGCAGGAUGAGGAGGAGGAAGAAAACGAGGACGAAAUGCUCGAUAACAUCCUGUGCCCACCGCCCAUGCCCUUACGAAAGUCCAGCAACCCUGAGGUGUCCUAUGGCUCUGGUAUUGCAUUCAAGUUCAAACGCCAGCUCAGCGAAGAUGGCAAGCAAUUCAGGAGAGGCAGUCUUGGGGGUGCACUUACAGGGAAGUACUUGCUGCCCCAUACAUCCACCCAACAGGCAUGGCAGGGUUCAUCAGAGGCCUCCAACCUGUUGCGUAUGCGCUCCCAAUCCCUGGGCAUGUCUGCUCCUUCUCUCACCGCCAGUCUGAAAGAGCUAAGCCUACCCAGAAGAGGGAGCUUCCUCACCCCAAGAAGCUUGAGCCCAACUCCCACAAGCCCUUGCAGCCCCUGCAGCCCACUGCACGCCUUUCAUUUUUGGAGCUGCAGGACAAGCAACAGAAAAAGUCUCAUAGGAAGCGGACAGUCUUCAGCACUUCCUCGGCCUCACUCCCCCCUCUCUUCACACACAGGCACCAGUCCCCAAGACAGUCCACGAAACUUCUCUCCGAGUGCUUCAGCCCACUUCUCCUUUGCUCGAAGGACUGAUGGACGACGCUGGUCCUUGGCUUCUUUGCCCUCUUCUGGCUAUGGAACCAACACACCUAGUUCCACUGUGUCUUCGUCCUGUUCAUCACAGGAGAAGCUCCAUCAGCUGCCCUUCCAGCCUACACCAGAUGAGCUCCACUUCCUGUCCAAGCACUUCUGUACAGAGAGCAUCACUGGGGAUGAUGGGAGGAGAACCACGCCCAUGCGGCCUCGUUCACGUAGUCUGAGUCCUGGAAGAUCCCCAUCGUGCUGUGAUCAUGAGAUUAUUAUGAUGAACCAUGUCUACAAAGAAAGGUUUCCUAAGGCCACGGCCCAGAUGGAAGAGCGGAUUCAGGAGAUCAUCCGCACCAGCUCACCAGAGAAUGUACUGCCCCUGGCUGACGGUGUGCUCAGCUUCGCACAUCACCAGAUCAUUGAGCUUGCCCGUGACUGCCUGGAAAAAUCCCGCCUUGGCCUCAUCACCUCUCGUUACUUCUGCGAAUUCACAGACAAACUGGAGAAGCUCUUUCAGGAGUCCACUGAACGGUCAGAAAGUAUAGAGGUUGCCUUCAUUAAGGAGCUGGUGAAGAAGAUCCUCAUCGUAAUUGCCAGACCAGCACGGCUCCUGGAAUGCCUGGAGUUUGACCCAGAAGAAUUCUAUCACCUUCUGGAAGCUGCAGAAGGUCAUGCCAAAGAGGGCCAGGGGAUCAAGACAGACAUCCCACGCUACAUCAUCAGUCAGCUGGGUCUCACUCGUGACCCUCUUGAAGAAAUUGCUCAGUUAACUAGCUAUGACAGUGGGAUAGCUGAAACCCCUGAGACCGACGACUCUGUAAGUUCCCAGAGCCUGAGUGCAGCACUGAGAUCUAGACGGAAGCCCUGUGAAAUGGAUUUUGAGAUGAUCAAACUCAUCAGCAAUGGUGCUUAUGGGGCUGUGUAUUUGGUGCGGCACAAAGAGACUAAGCAGCGCUUUGCCAUGAAGAAGAUCAAUAAACAGAACUUAGUGCUGAGGAAUCAGAUCCAGCAGGCCUUUGUGGAGAGGGAUAUCCUGACCUUUGCUGAGAACCCUUUUGUUGUUAGCAUGUACUGUUCCUUCGAGACUCGUAGGCAUCUCUGCAUGGUCAUGGAAUAUGUGGAAGGAGGAGAUUGUGCUACCUUAUUAAAAAACAUGGGGCCCCUACCCGUGGAUAUGGCCAGGAUGUACUUUGCUGAGACAGUCCUGGCCUUGGAGUACCUCCACAACUAUGGCAUUGUGCACAGAGAUCUAAAACCAGAUAAUUUGCUAGUCACCUCAAUGGGACACAUCAAGCUAACAGACUUUGGCUUGUCAAAGAUGGGCCUGAUGAACAUGACAACAAACCUCUAUGAGGGCCACAUCGAGAAAGAUGCACGAGAGUUUUCAGAUAAGCAGGUUUGUGGGACUCCAGAAUACAUUGCCCCAGAGGUGAUCCUAAGACAAGGUUAUGGAAAGCCUGUGGACUGGUGGUCAAUGGGCAUCAUUCUUUAUGAGUUCCUGGUGGGCUGCGUGCCCUUCUUUGGGGACACACCCGAGGAGCUCUUUGGACAAGUCAUCAGUGAUGAGAUUAACUGGCCUGAGGGAGAGGAGGCUCCACCCACAGAAGCCCAAGAGCUCAUCACCCUGCUGUUAAGGCAGAACCCUCUGGAGAGACUGGGCACAGGUGGGGCAUAUGAAGUUAAGCAUCACCAGUUCUUCCAUGACCUGGACUGGAACAGUCUCCUCAGGCAGAAAGCAGAGUUUAUCCCCCAGCUGGAGUCAGAGGACGACACCAGCUAUUUUGACACGAGGUCUGAAAGAUACCAUCACUUGGAGACAGAGGAAGAGGAGGACACAAAUGAUGAAGACUUCAAUGUGGAACUGCGACAGUUUUCAUCUUCCUCACACAGAUUUUCCAAAGUGUACAGCAGUCUGGACCUGUCUCGGGGCCAGCUGGAGGAGAAAGGAGAACAGACAGAGAAGAAGAGUGAGAGCCCCUUGACAGUGGACUCCCUCAGCUGGACACCCGACUUGACCGAGAUGCCCUCUCUCUCCCAGUCAUCAGAUACAGAAAGUGUGAGCUUGAGCCAGCGCCCUGGCAUGUUGCCUAAAUUUGCCAUCUCCGCAGAGGUGGAGGAGGCUGAGGGCUCAUUGGCCUUGGAUGACAGCAGUAAAGUUUCCUUCUCAAUAGGGGAACUGCCUCAGGAUGAACCUGACGCCACCACCCCUGGCAGUACCAUAAGCAACUCUACCCUCUCAGGCAGUUUUUCUGAACACUUGGACCAGUUGCCCUCACGAGGAGAUGGUGCACAUAGUCCUGACACCAACUCAAAGAACACCUCUGAUCAGGGCACACACCUGAGUGGCCCUCGACUAGAGACAGUGGACAAGCAGAGUACAACCAGCAAAGUGCCCAAAUCAGCCUCUGCCAGUACCCUCUCCCUCAUGAUCCCUGGAGACGUUUUUGGGGUGUCCCCCCUGGCCAGCCCCAUGUCUCCUUAUUCGCUGUCGUCAGAUCCCUCUUCUAGAGACUCCUCCCCAAGUCGAGACUCCUCCCUCUGUGCUGUUAACCCACGACAGCCUAUCGUCAUUCACAGCUCAGGGAAGAAAUUUGGCUUCACUCUUCGAGCCAUUCGGGUUUAUGCCUGUGAUAGUGAUGUGUACACUGUCUAUCACAUGGUCUGGAAUGUGGAGGAUGGUGGUCCUGCACAUAAGGCUGGACUGAAAGCUGGAGACCUGAUAACUCAUGUCAAUGGAGAGCCGGUCCAUGGACUCGUCCACACUGAAGUUGUGGAAUUGCUGCUGAAGAGUGGGAAUAAGGUAGCGAUAUCUACAACUCCCUUUGAGAACACAACUAUCAAAACUGGUCCAGCCAGGAGGAAUAGUUACAAAAGCAAAAUGGUGAGAAGAGCAAAGAAGCCUAAAAAAGAGAAGACGCAAGAGAGGCGGCGUUCUGUGUUCAGACGCUUUGCCAUGCAGCCGUCUCCACUGCUUCACACAAGUCGUAGUUUCUCCUCCCUGAACCGUUCCCUGUCCUCUGGAGAGAGUCUGCCUGGUUCACCGACACACAGCCUGUCACCCCGGUCGCCCACAGCAGCUUUUCGCCCCGCACCUGACUUCAACCAGUCAGGUGGUACAUCCUCUCAGAGCAGUUCCCCAAGUUCCAGUGCACCAAAUUCACCCGCUGGCUCAGGCCACAUCCGACCCAGUACUCUGCACGGCCUUGGUCCAAAACUACCUGGACAGAGACUGCGGCAGGGUCGCCGUAAAUCAGCAGGGAGCAUUCCUCUCUCCCCUCUUGCACGCACCCCCUCCCCAACCCCUCAGCCUCCUUCUCCUCAACGAUCCCCAUCGCCCCUGCUAACUCACUCAGUGGGGAGUUCCAAAACUACUCAGGCUUUCCCAGCAAAGAUGCACUCUCCCCCUACUAUUGUCCGACACAUGGUACGACCUAAGAGUGCCGAGCCACCGCGCUCACCUCUGCUUAAGAGGGUACAAUCAGAGGAGAAACUCUCCCCCUCCUACACUGGGGACAAAAAGCACCUAUGUACUCGAAAGCAUAGCCUGGAAGUGACCCAGGAGGAAAUACAGGGGGAGGUUAUGUCUGGGGGUGAACAUGCUCUGCAGAAUGUAGAGGAGAUCUCUUGUGAGCCGCCUGCUAUCACUCGGGUGCGGCCAGCAGAGCAGGGCUGCCUCAAGCGUCCUGUCACUCGAAAGAUUGGCCGUCAGGAAUCUGUAGAAGAGCUAGACAAGGAGAAGCUGAAAGCUAAAGUAGUGGUGAAGAGACAGGACUGGUCUGAGAGGCGUGAGUCUCUACAGAAGCAGGAUGCCUUGCAGGAGACUGAUGUGGCGAGCAGUACUGGUCCUGAGGAGAAGGAAAGGAGUCUCCCAGUGAGGCACAGUGGAAGAUCUCAGGGCAGCACAGACUCUGUUCCUCUUGACACCAAAGCUACCAAUACCACACUGAAAGAUGUAUUGUACAAGAAGCUGAACACUAGAGCCUGUGAGAGUAUUUCUGAGUCAAAGAGCAGCAGUGGUGACUGUGUGUCUGUUUUGAAUGAGGGUCUCAGAUCACCCCAGUGUCACAGCCUGCAAGAAUGGAGCACCCAGAAAACAGAAAGACAGUUGACCAGGCAGAUAAAAGAAUGUAAUAAAGCAGACAGACUGGACUUCAAAGCACCAAACAUGGAGUUUGCAAGGAAGAGGCAGUCUUUUGAAGAGCGAGAGGAUUGUAUGUGCCGAAUCUCCCCUGGAGUACACGAAAACCUUCACUUCAACACCACCAGAUCAAAAAGUCUCCAGCUUGACUCUAUGGCUCUAGAUCAUGUGAAAGCGGGCGUGGGUUGCAUCCUUACUAACCCAGGGAUGAACACAGAAUCCUUAACCCCUAAACUGUUUAGUGGGAGAGGCGAGAGUGCUGUAGAAAAGCUCCAGCUGAUCUCCACCACUGAAGGUCCCAUCAGAAAGACUUCCUCAGAGUAUAAACUGGAGGGUCGGCUUGUCUCUUCCCUGAAACCCCUUGAGGGCACCCUAGACAUCGGUCUGCUCUCGGGGCCCAGGGUGUCUAAAACUGACACAUGUCUGUCUAAAAUGGCAGAUAGUCAAGGUGACAGUAGUACUGGACUGGCAGAUGUACAAAGCCAGAGUGAAAAGCAAUCAUCAGUCCCUCAACAGAAGCAUGGUGAGAAACAAAGGGACACGGCAACGGAGAUGCCAACCCUUGGAUGCAUUACUGCCACGAGUAGCAAGGACACUAUAAAGGAGGAGACUGCCUGUAAGAGAGAUGACAUCAGUAAAAGUGACUUUGUUCCUGACAGCCGUAAACAUAGUGAAGGAGGUCAGCUACCCAAUAAAACUGAAGUAUCAGAUUCACUUGCCAAAGUUGAAUGUAGGUCGAGCAUGAAAACAUCUCAUGAGAUUAGGUCUGUGAGACACAGUGCACAUUUUGUGUAUGUUAAAACACCCUCAAUCAGAGAGGUCAGCAAUGAAGACCAGGAGGAUGAACUGGAGAACCUUCAGGAGUCACCUGGCAAUACCACCAAGGAAAGCAUCACUGCAGCAUCGUCAAUAUCUGGAAAUCUCAACAAUGAAAGGCAGGAAACUUGUAAAUCUUUCAAGACAGGGGAGUCCUCUAUCUCAUCUAGUUCAGGUCCACAGUCAGUGCCCUGCAAAGGAAGUCCAGUAAAACAAGGACUAUCAGAGCCUGGAAAUGCUCAGAGUGAUAUAAAAGAGAGUGUUGUCUUGGCCAAAGAAGACAGUCAACUAAAGAAUGUGGAGAAGGGAAAGACAUCCAGUGCACAGGACUCAAAAAAAGCUUCAGAAAAGGUUGAUCGUCUGGAGACAGACAAAUUAGAGAGAAAGGACGCUGCCUUGAAUUCAGGCCAUGGUGAUUCACCAUUUGUUGGUCAGAACAGACCAGGUAGUGCUGCACAAAGCUCAUCAAUAGCUUUAGGGCAAGCACAAAUCCAAACUUCUGUUAAAGAUGAAGUGUCAAACUUAUCAACAUCAAGAUUUUCUCCAGAGAAGACUCUCUCACAGAUCAUAAACAAGGACAGUACAGCCGUUGCACAGAAUCAAACUUUGGCCGUAGCCUUAUCUUUAUCUUCAGUUUCAGUUGUAUCUCCACCUUCAACGGCGUCUUCUGGAACACAAGAAAACCCUUCUGUGAAAAGUCAGUUAUCUUCAGAGAAAGCUCCUCGUCUGGUUAUUCAAAAAGCCAGCAUCCUGCCUAAGUGUAGAAACUCACCUGAGGCUGUAAGUGUCCCACCUCUACUGCUGUUUUCAAACAAACCCCCCCAGCAUGCUGGUUCAAGAGAUCCUAAGAUUACUAGUGUUCAAGUUCCUCAGAUCCAACAGUUAUCAAACAAAGCCCAAACUACUUUUGGCACUGGAGACGGAAAGAAAGCCAGUCAAGCUUCCCCACCUCAACAGUGUACGGGCAAAUCUCCAGAUGUAAAGAUGGAAAAUACCAGGCCAAAAGAGGACAUUUGUCAAGCAAAUUUACAAGCUGGGAAGGCAAUCAAAACUGUAGUUUCAAAGGAUAAAAUGUCAGAAAACAUAGGAACAGGUGCCAAAGAAGAGUUGAAACGCACUGUGAAUAAAGAGACUGCAGUCAGUGCUGUCAGUACUGCAGCUGUCAAAACGGAGGCCACAAAGAAGUGUGAUCUAAAGAGAGGGGGUGUUCACACUGCUGAUCAGAGGGUUAUCAGUGAUGUAUCAAAACAAGGAGUUGGUACAGGCCCACCACAGAUGAAGGGUGGUGAUAAUAAGUCUGGAGAUGUUGUGCAAGUUCAGUUCACAAACAAGUCAGAUAAAAAAACUAGUUUGAAAAACACCCCUGAAACAGAGAACCAGAAGUCCAGUAAACAGGUUACGGACACAGCUGUUAAGGAGAAAAGUCCUGCACAGAUGACCGUGAAACAGAUGCAGUCUGGUUGUGCCGCAGCAAAACAAACUUCUUCAAGCUCCAAAAAUAAACCCAAAGUAGAUUCCCCACUGGUCACAAACACUAGUGGGAAAGGGACAGAGGACAAGGCAAAGCAUGAAAGCAAAGGGCCUGUGCAGCCCACCAUAAAAGACAGCCUGGAUGUAAAACCAAAGGAGCCUCUCCUGUGCACACCCAGAGCACAGCCUGAUGGAAAUACGGUUGGCCAGGGUAUCUCUCAGAGUUAUACUGUACCACGGUCUGUCCCAGUCAUAAAACAAGACCCACAAAUGACCAGUGGGACCCAUAUAUCAAAGGGAGCAGGAAGCACAGCUGAGUCCACUAUACAUCCUGUUAAAGAACCGGGGAAACAGAUCACUGAUGCCUCAACAGUAGACUCUCAGAGGAGCCCUGGCAUCAGUGAAGCCCCCAGAAUAAAGACAAUGGCAAAACCUGAGCUUAAACGUGGCCACACUGAAACAAAGGCCACAGACUCUGAGAGAGUAAUUUUGUCCAGCAAAACAGAGCAGGUGGAAAGGGGGACAAAAGAAACUUCUCAAGAACCAGCAUCUGUGCAGAAAGCUAAGCAGAAAGACUUGUUGAGGGUUGUCGAGAAAGACGGUACUGCUCUUGACAAAGAUUCUCCCCGCUUCAAGCAGGCAUGUGGCUCCACCAGUAAAAAGUAACUUGAAAAAGGGGUAGCAUGUUUCCUGAACAGAUAAAAGGCAAACUUUUCUUUCCUUAUAUACGUAUUGUUAUUAUGCCUUCCUUUCUGAGGACCGGCAAAGCUGUUAGUGCGGUGUUAAUGAAGGGUGAGAGAAACAAGUAUGUUUCUGAGAAUGUUUAUUGGGAAUGGUUUGUCAAUACUUAAUGUGUCUAAAAAACUGUCUUAAUGUAGACAUGAUUUGCUGCUAAUUUGUGGUCUUUUGAAGUCUCCACAAUGAGACGAAUAUUCAUUCUAAUGUGUCCUGAUUUAAUGUAUUUGGAGGAGAGGUGUGUGCAAUCACAGCGGAGAGACAGAAGCUUUUUAAGGGUGUUGUAGAACCAUGCCAAUUAGGAUUGUGUGCUACUGCAUCCUUUGUAUCUGAUAAGGAGCACAUUUGUGAUACCUAAGUUUAGUGCUCUUGGUGUGUUAUGAUUGACGUAUGUGUCAUUUUCAUCAUUAAAAACAAGAUGUUAUGUGAACUUAAGAGAUCUUAGCACAACAAUUUAAAAAUGUGUAGCAGUGUUGCUGAUGAUGUAGUCGAUACUCUUCACAGAGAAAUGGAGAAAUCACCAAAAGUUACUGUUUUUUGCCUCGCUAAAGGAUUAAAUGUGCAGUUUUGUUUUGGGUAGUGGUGCACAGAAGGAAUGCACUAUGUCCU